AUGGGAAAGCGCGUUCCAUCCUUUGAUAGCUGGGUUGGGUCUCUCAACCUCCUUGUGUUUGAAAUAGAUAUUGAAACAUGCUUGGGUGUUGUUGAGGUGGUGACGACUUCCCAGAAAGUCAACCUUCGGGAUGAACUCGAAAACAUCUGUAAAGCUCUAGAGUUUGUACUCAGGAAAAGUGAAGCUGAAAGUAGAUAUAUAGGCAUGACAAUUGACAAACAAGAUAGUUCUUUGGGCGGAUACCCAACCAAUAUGGAGCCUGGUUUUGUCAAGGCUCGCCAAUUUAUACAGGAGAGAAUCUAUGAAUUCUUAAUGCAACGACAAAAAACACAAGAGAUAGCUCCAAACAAGGUGAUGGACAUUGUUAGACGCCUAGAAGAAGGCCUGUUCAAGACCGCAACCACAAAGGAGGAAUACAUGAAUUUAGAUACAUUGGAAAUCCGUUUACAUAUUCUAAUCAGACGCAUCCCAUUGAGCAACCAAAAUCAAUAG